AUGCUCCCCACGCCCUCAACGUCGCAUGUGUGUUUUGACACCAUCUAUGAGCCCGCAGAAGACAGCUAUCUCCUCCUUGACACUCUUUCUUCAAAACCAGAGGCAGAAUGGCUUUCCAGCAAAUUCAGUUCCCAGCCAAAAUCCCAAAGCAUCUCACCGCUCGUGGUUGAAAUUGGAACUGGAUCCGGAGUAGUGCUAGCAUUCGUGGCGGCAAAUUCCAAACACAUUCUUGGGAGAUCUGACAUACUGACUCUGGGAGUUGAUGUCAAUAUAAAUGCGUGCGCUGCAACAGCAAAAACAGUGCACAUUGCGCUUGAAGAGAAGCGGAAACCGGGACACCAAAAUGAAGGAGAGACCCGUGGCGAGCUGGCGCCGCAGAUGAUUGCAACAAUAGCGGGGGACCUAUGUUCUCCUCUCCGAGCUGGAGCUGUGGACAUACUCAUUUUCAACCCACCUUAUGUACCUACACCGGAGUUACCACCGCUCCCUUCCCCAGACCCAGAGACGCCAGGAAUUGGUACUUCAAAAUUUGAACAGGAUUCCCAUUUACUUUCACUUUCUUAUGCUGGUGGUGAAUAUGGUAUGGAAACUACCAAUCGGCUUCUGCAAGACUUGCCAGAGGUCCUAAAUCCCCACCGGGGAGUGGCCUACAUAUUACUCUGUGCCCAGAACAAGCCUGAUGAAGUUGUGGCGCAGGUAAAAGACUGGGGAUCGGGUUGGAAUGCAGAGGUCGUUGGUCGAAGUGGUGUCAAAGCAGGAUGGGAAAAGUUGGUAAUUGUAAGGAUUUGGAGGGAGACAGCUUCUUGA